AUGUCUGUUUUCAGGAUGACAUCUUUCAAGAAACGAAUAUUCAUAUCAAUGGCUUUGAUGUCAGUGGCUAUUUCUGGAACGUUAUUCUGGAUGCUGAAAAACCACGAUAGAAGGAGAUAUCAGCAGAGUUUUCUAAAGGACUUGUCAGUGCUGUUAAAACAGAAAGAUUUCCAGCACAACACAAAUGAUAGUGCAGACGUAUUAACGUUACGUAAGAAAGAUGGACACUUUCAGAAGUCCGUAAAUGAUACGAAAGAAAACAUGUUAAAUGAAUCACAAGCGCAGUGGACGAAAUUCCCUUACCCUUUGGAUAUCAAUAUGGUUGAGCUUGUAAGAAAACUUCGAGCAAAUUUGUCAGUAGACCACAAACCAAUAUUUCCAUACCAGUAUGAAUUUGCAUACCACAGUGUAGAUAGUUGUGUUAAUAGUUCGCCGUUCUUUAUUUUUCUUAUAAAGUCCUCCGUUCAAAAUCAUCAAUACCGAUCGACGAUCAGGGAGACUUGGGCGAAUUCGAAAUUGAUGCAUAAAUAUAAUUUUGAAAGGAUGUUUCUUGUUGGUAAUUCGAAAAAAGAAAAUACUCAAGCAGCCUUAGAAAAUGAAAAUGAUAUGUAUAAGGAUAUGAUUUUGAUGUCGUUUUUUGAUAAUUACUUCAAUAACACACUAAAGACUAUUGGGUCGAUUCACUGGACCGCGAAACACUGUAACCGUUCAAAGUUCGUAGUUUUCGUUGAUGACGAUGUAUUAGUAUCAACUUCACGAUUGGUGGAAUUUUUAAAACACAAAGUGACUUCACCAAUAUUUUUCGGAGGAUUUAUCCAAACACACAAACCAGUCAGAAAUGUAAAAGUGAAGUGGUAUGUGUCCCCAAACGACUACCCUCACGAAGAAUAUCCUCCUAUGCCAUCAGGCGGAUUUAUGAUAAUGACAAUGGAAUUCGUCAUUGAUUUACACUUCGCCUCACAAUACACAAAGAAAUUUAUCCUAGACGAUUGUUACCUUGGUAUUUUAGCAUAUAAGCUCCAAGUCUCUCCCGUGUACAUUGGUUCAGUUUACAUGACAAGAGUGCGCAUGGGCAGUCGAGUCUUCAACACCUCUAUGAUAGCAAACCAUCAUUAUUCUGCUUCUAGUAUGAAAACUGCAUGGUUGUAUUUACAAAAAGUGGAGCAAGAGGUCUCCGAUUCCUCAUAA